UUUCCCCUUUAUUUAGCUGCAGAUUCGAAUUACAAAGAUCUACUUAAGAUAAGCGCCCCUGCAUGUAAGAGUACCCAAGAACGUUUCAUGUUUUAUGGACAUCCGGGCCCAACUUCUUACCUUCUGGUUCCAGUCGAAAUCUGGGAAAGGUGAUCCUCAUAAGAACCAAGAUCGUCGCGUAUCAUAAGGUUCAUUUCUCUCGAAAGAAGAUGACUUCAGCCUCAAGUUUGUUCCCAGCUCCGCCAGCCGGUGGCCCCGUGGUCGUCGUUAUCGGGUCUGGCGACAUUGGCGUUGCCAUUGCGCGUCGCAUCGGAGGAAGCAGACAAUUGCUUCUGGCGGACGCCUCGAAGACCCGGUUAGAUUCGGCCUUGGAAGGCCUUCGAAAAGAUGGCUUUUGGCCAGAAGGACAUAUUCUAGAUGUCAGCGAUGGCAACGCCGUCCAUGAAUUUGCGCAACACGCCUCGAGACGCGGAAGAAUUGAGGUCAUCGUCCACACAGCUGGAGUGUCUCCGAUGACAAAUACCAGUUGUCCCCAGAUAUACAAAGUCAACCUGGUCGGGACUGCCUAUGUGAUCGAUUCUUUCUACGCGGUGGCUUCUCCGGGAACAAGUAUGAUCUGCAUCGCCAGCACUGCAGCCCAAUUUGUCACUCUGUCUACCUCGCUGGAGCAGCAUCUUGCCAAAGCACCCACAAACCAGCUUCUUCAGCAUGCAGAGCUCGAUCUGAACUCGAACGAUACGAUGCGUGCGUAUGGGACAUCGAAGCGGGGCAAUGUCCUCCGCGUACAGGCCGCGUGCUACCAAUGGGGCCAGAAGGGCGCCCGGAUCAUUUCGGUCAGCCCGGGCGGUAUCUCGACCGCGAUGUUGGAGAAAGAAAUGCAGGGUGACCUGCGAGACCACAUCUUAGCGCACGUCGAGAGAUCGGGAUCUCGUCGCAUUGGCACUGUGCAUGAUGUUGCCGGGGUUGUGGGGUUUUUGACGAGCCAGGAGGCUUCGUUCAUUACGGGGACGGAUAUAUCGGUGGAUGGGGGGCAGGUGUCUGGACAGCGGUGGCACGCAGCAGGACCUUCUUGAUAUCUUGAUAGAACUGCACUCCGUAAGAUGGAGGAAUUGAUUCAUUAUUAUUGAAAGAUCUCGG